CAGUCAGUCAUAAACACAGCAACAACAUGCUACACCAGAGGACCUUCAGAAAGACCACCAUCCACUGCACCCCACGCUGGGUCAGCACCUCUGGCAGCAGCAGUGGACUACAAUUUGAGCGUUCCUCAGAAAGAAUGUUUCUGUGGGCAGGAAGUAAAGCAACAGAUGGAAGAUCUGAUCGCAGAUCCAUCUACCAGAAGAUUCGUGAAUAUGAGGUCCUGGACAGGAGGAAGACUGUGACAGCUCUGAGGGCAGGAGAGGACAGAGCCAUCCUGCUGGGCCUCAGCAUGGUCUUCUUCUCCAUCAUGAUGUACUUUGUUGUGGGAAUCACCAUCCUGCGCUCUUAUUCUGACAGCGUGUGGACCGAUGAGACAAGCUGCACUAUUGUCAACUCCACUAUAGUUUGGGAUGUGAACUGUUCAUACAGCUGUGGAACAGAGUGCUGGAAGAGGUCUCGCUACCCUUGUCUCCAGGUGUAUGUCAGCCUUAACUCAUCUGGAAAAGUGGUACGACUGUUCCAUAACGAGGAGACGCAGGACAACAACCCUGAGUGCUUCUACAUCCCAAAGUGCCGUAAGGACUACGCAGCCAUGCAGGUCUUGGUUCAGAACAUUUCUGAGCGUCUUCGGUCUCAGCACACACUUCAGUGUUUCGUGGACCGCACAGACAAAACAGACAGCGCCAUCCUGACACAAAUCUACAGUCAGAUCGCUGUCUUCCACUCCCUCUUCUGGCCCACCUGCACUUUGAUUGGAGGAAGCGUCAUCAUUGCCAUGGUGAAGCUGACUCAGUACCUGUCCGUCGUGUGCGAUAGACUGAGCCGCAUCACGAGGUGAAGGGUUUCGAGGCUACAUAGACAAGGGGCAAUAAGCAGAGUCAUGGUGUCAAGACUGAAACACAAAAAGGCUGAGAUGUGGUUUGUCUGUGGCAGCUGACACGCUAUGACUCGAACAUUUUCUGACAAUCACAAAGAACUGUUUCUCUUUGUUAUUAUGCUUGACUCCAGUGGAGCCUGUGGGUAAAUCACAGGAUUUUUACUUAUGUCACUUGUUACAUACAUAUUUAAGUGCCUUUUCUGCUUUAUAUGUCUAUUUGUUAAAUAUUUUAGCAAAUACUCUUAUUAGCUUUUUUGCUAAGAGCUGGAUGAGAAGGUCGCUGUAGUGCCAAAGCAACUGAAACAGCUACCCAAGUUUCAGAAAAGUGUAGAUUAACCCUCCUGCCAGUUGCUUGUUAGGGCCCGAGCACUGAGAGUGCGGAGGCCCUAUUGUAUCUGCUCCUUUUCUUCUUCUUCUUAUUAUUCAGGCAAAACAA